AUGGCCACACCAACAGAUGAAGAACCUCGGGUAAUUCACGAACUUGCAUCCCGCAGUGUGACGGUCCAUCAGGGCCGAGCGGUCAAGCGAGGCGGACGACUCUUCGAAAAUGAAGCCAGCAACCUGCGCUUUAUCGCUGAGCACACGACCAUCCCCGUGCCACACGUGUACGGCAUCGAGCGAGAUGACCGUGGCAAGGUGAUUUCCAUCGAGAUGGACUAUAUGCCCGGGCGACCGCUCGACCAAGUCUGGGAAGACAUGACCAAGAACCAAAGGGACUCGAUCACGCAGGAACUGCACGGCUAUGUCGCGCAGCUGCGCAGCCUGAAAGGCAACUAUAUCGGCGCGGCCGACCACGGCCAAGCCGUCGUGGGCGAUAUCGUCUCGCACGAGGCGGGGCCCUUUGAAGACGAGCACGCCUUCAAUGAGUUUCUCUUCUCGAAAAUCAUCGAUAUUGUGCCCGAUGCGCUGCGAUACUACGCGACCUCGACUUUCCGUGAAGACCAUGAGAUUGUCUUCACCCACGGUGACCUGGCGCCGAGGAAUAUCCUGGUCGACGACAACGCUUGCGUGACCGCUAUCCUCGACUGGGAGGAGGCUGGCUGGUAUCCCGCCUACUGGGAGCAUGUGCGAGCUUACCGCAACCUGGGCAGUGUCACGGACUGGUCCCACUAUCUGUCUCUCAUUCUCCCGCCUCAAUAUCCGGCUGAGUUUAUAGCUAUGGCAUACCUGACGAGGAUCUCGAGCUAG